GGCAACUUCGAGUUCCGUACCAUCCCAGAUGAUUUGGCCAAGUUUGCGGACGGGAGCACUGAACAGCAGGCUCUGGGGCUACAAGCAAUGAGUAUGCUAGUCAAUACAUUCAAUAAGCAAGGUUCCAUCCGCUCGUUUACAUUGCAACGACGCCUGGCGUCGUCAUUCCGCGAUAUGUCUCUGUUGUCCAUGUUCGAAAACUGCACGCGCUUACUCACGCGCUUCAUGAAUAAGGAACUCAGCAUCAGCAGUCAGGGAGGCGAGUUGAGCAUGAUGGCGUGCCUGCAGCUGACGAUAGACAUUCUGAGCUACGACUUCAUAGGCACCGCCUCAGACGAAAGCAUCGACGAUCUAGGCACUGUCGAGAUCCCGUCGUCAUGGAAACGCACCAUCCAGGAGAACGAUCUGGUGGAGGUGUUGUUUACACUAUACGCCGACAACGAAACGGCGCAACACCCACAGAUGCGAUCCAAGACUCUCGAAUGCGUCGCACAAAUGGCAGCCAUCAAACGAAGCCUGUUUGUCACGCUGGACAGGAAGACAUACUUCUCAAAAUUCAUCACACAUUGUAUAAAGAUAAUGGACAUUAAACAAGGACUGGAAGUGGAGGAGAACUACCAUCAGUUCUGUCGCGUUUUGGCGCGCAUCAAGAUGGUAGAGAUGUCCAAUUUAGUUGAAGAGGACCUGUUCGCGCGAUUAGUGACGGCUGUGGGUGAUCUCCUGGGCGCGUCUGUUGGUGCGUGGCAGUGGGCCGGUCACUCGACUGACUACCUACUGACUGUAUGGGCGAAGUUAGUACCAGCCCUGCCCACACGCACCAAGCCGUCACCGUUACCGGCGCUGUUCGAUGUGUACUCUCCACGCAUAGCCAACGACUACUACUCGUCGCGCAUUGAUGCGGUGGAGACCAUUCUGCGGGGACAGCUGGACGAUCCCUUGAACGACCAGCGGGGUGUGUGGAUGUAG